AUGACAACAACAAAUUUAAUCCCAAACGCAACAAACGAGCCACUACAAGCAACUACAGUGUUGAUUUCAAACAUAAUAGAAUCACUCUUGGAGCUAGGCAUAUUAGUCCACGAUAAUCAUGGAACUCAGCAAUCCAACAUGGCGUUGGUGAACAACAUGCAGACGUUGAUUAAACAACUCAAACAACUAUCGAAUCCACCGCCGCAAUUGCAAAACCAUUUGCUCCCCAUCGACGUGAUUUCAUAUGUUGAAGAUGGAAGAAAUCCGGAUAUAUACACGAGAGAAUUUGUCGAAGUUAGUGCUAAACUGAAUGCAAGAUUGAAAGGCAAGAUGUUGGCAUUUAAGAAGUUGCAAGGUGUAUUGAGCGCCAAGUUGAAGCGAGAAUUUCCUCGCUUGGAAACUGCCAUUGAUGAGAUUGAAAAGAAGAGUAAUGGUGGGGUUUGA